AUGACAUCUUUAUGGGAGAACUUGAAAGAGGUGGCACAUGGGAUAAACAUACCAUGGUUAGUUAUUGAUGAUUUCAAUGUAGUAAUGGCUCCACAAGACAGAAUGAUUGGGAAUCCAGUGACCUAUGCAGAGACUAAAGACUAUGCUGAUUGUAUGCAAGGCUUAAUGCUGAAUAAACUCCAAUGGAAAGGUGAUUACUACACAUGGACUAAUAAGCAACUUGGCACUGAUAGAAUCUACAGUAGAAUAGAUAGAACAUUUGGGGAUCAUGAGUGGAUGAUGCAGUGGGGGAACUUACUUGUAGAAUAUGAUGUUCCACUCAUAUCAGACCUCUCUCCAAUGGUACUAGCUUUGGCUCAUCUAAAACAGAACAUUAAGAUGCCAUUUAGAUUUUUUAACGUAUGGGCUAAGCAUGACAGCUUCUUACCACUGGUAGAACAAAUAUGGAGGAAUAAUAUGACUGACAACAAGAUGAAAGAUAUAUGGCUAAAGAUAAAAGCUCUGAGUCCUCUAUUAAAGCAGCUGAACAAUGAGGAGUUUAAAUACAUAUCACAAAAGAUUAAGAAGACUAGAGCUGAAUUGAUCAGUACUCAAAAACAAAUUAGUAACAAAUGCUCUGAUGAAUUAGCGAAAAUGGAGAGACAACAACUACACAACUUGGAGAAAUGGUCUAUGAUUGAGGAGCAAGCGAUGCAGCAGAAAUCCCAAGCACAUUGGAUAAGGCUAGGGGAUUCUAAUACAAAAUAUUUCACAGUUAUUGUCAAAUAA